GUAAACACCUGAGAAAAACCCCAACCCGCCUUUUACAAUCUCUUCCUCGUAUCUGCAAUCCUUAUUUUUUUCAUUUUCACUCUCUUUCUCUCUCUCUGUAAUUUCGUCGAACACUUUCGGUGGAGGACAUUCGCGAAGAGAGAAAACAAGGUAACGAGACAAACAAGAAAAGGAAAAUAAAAAAGGCCAGCGACAAUGUCUCUCCGACCCGGUACUCGGUCAGAGGCGCGCAAGAAGUCGUACAAGACUGGGGUCGAUGCGGAUGAGGCUAGGAGGCGGAGGGAGGACAAUAUGGUGGAGAUCAGGAAGAACAAGCGCGAGGACAGUUUGCUUAAGAAGAGGAGAGAUGGGUUUCUCAAUCUACCUCAGCAACAGCAGCAAUUGCUUGAUGCUUCUCAGACCGCUGCGGCUUUGGAGAAGAGGAUGGAAGGUAUUCCCAUGAUGGUACAAGGAGUAUGGUCUGAUGAUCCUGCUAUGCAAUUGGAGUCUACGACUCAGUUUAGAAAGCUUUUAUCAAUUGAGCGCAGCCCUCCGAUUGAUGAGGUUAUCAAAGCAGGUGUAGUCCCUCGGUUUGUUGAAUUUCUUGGAAGGCAUGAUGUGCCUCAACUGCAAUUUGAGGCUGCAUGGGCUUUGACAAAUGUUGCAUCUGGAACAUCGGAGCAUACACGUGUGGUGAUUGAUCAUGGUGCUGUCCCUAUGUUUGUGCAACUCCUUAGCUCUGGUAGUGAUGAUGUUAGAGAACAGGCAGUGUGGGCUUUAGGUAAUGUUGCUGGUGAUUCACCAAAUUGUAGGGAUUUUGUUCUUAGUCAUGGUGCACUUGUGCCAUUAUUAGGUCAAUUAAAUGAACACUCAAAGUUAUCCAUGCUGAGGAAUGCUACAUGGACUUUAUCCAACUUUUGUCGUGGCAAGCCUCCUACACCCUUUGAUCAGGUUAAACCUGCCUUACCAGUUCUUCGGCAACUUAUUUACCUGAAUGAUGAAGAAGUAUUGACAGAUGCUUGCUGGGCCCUUUCUUAUCUUUCGGAUGGCCCAAAUGACAAGAUUCAGGCUGUGAUUGAUGCUGGUGUCUGUCCACGACUUGUGGAACUUUUGCUUCAUCCAUCGGCCACGGUUCUUAUACCUGCUCUUCGGACUGUAGGAAACAUUGUUACAGGCGAUGAUGCUCAGACUCAGUUUGUAAUUGAAAACCAAGUUCUCCCUUGCCUCUUUCAACUUCUUAUGCAAAAUCACAAAAAAAGCAUUAAGAAAGAAGCUUGUUGGACGAUCUCAAAUAUUACAGCUGGAAAUAAAGCUCAAAUACAGUCUGUUAUUGAGGCCAACAUUAUCCAGCCACUUGUACAUCUUCUCCAACAUGCAGAAUUUGAUAUCAAGAAGGAGGCUGCAUGGGCCAUCUCAAAUGCCACCUCUGGGGGUUCUUGCGAGCAGAUCGAAUUCCUGGUUUCCCAAGGUUGCAUCAAACCGUUGUGCGAUCUUCUUAUCUGCCCGGACCCAAGGAUUGUAACUGUGUGCCUUGAGGGUCUUGAGAACAUUCUGAAGGUUGGUGAGGCUGACAAAGAAAUGGGGAUGAAUGGUGGAAUCAAUCUUUAUGCACAAAUGAUUGAUGAAAAUGAUGGAUUGGACAAGAUCGAAAAUCUUCAGACGCAUGAUAACCAUGAGAUUUAUGAGAAAGCUGUGAAGAUCUUGGAGAGAUACUGGGCUGAGGAAGAAGAUGAGGAACAGAAUAUCCAGGAUAAUGGAGACGGAAAUCAACCCGGUUUUUCUUUUGGAGCAAACCAGCCUAAACCUCCCCCAGGUGGAUUUAACUUUGGAUAGAAGGAAUAGUUGUCUAGAAUUCUCUUUUGUAACUGUGUAGCCUGCUUGACCUUUUUCAAUUUUUUUUUUUUUUUGGGAGUUCUAAGAACCAUAUUUUUAUUUCUCUCAUGGCCAAGGGUCAGAGUUUUUGGUCUGACAGAUGGCCUUAUCCAUGGAGUUUGUCAGAAAUUUUAAGACCUGCGAGUUUCUGUUUAGUUAUUCAAUUUUUGUCGUCUUUGUAUUCGCAUAUCUAAUGGGAAAAAACUCAUCCUUACUGUUUCCUUUUGCGAAAUAA